AGAGGAGCACAUACAUUAUUCAUCCAUUGCCUGCUCUCACAAGAAUCAGCUGGAGGAAGUGUGCUAGGACCACUCUCCUCUCCGCUAGCCCUGGUAGGCUUGUAACAAGCCCAGGCAAGUCAACGUUNCCCCCCCUUCUCCCUGUACAGGAAAAUGUAGGGCAGACAGCAGAUGUGCUCAGUCCUCAUCCUUUUAGUCUGGAUUACUGGAGUCAUGCAAGAGGAGGAAGCUCUAAUAAGGAUACACUGAUGCAUUCAUGCUGGAAAAUGAAGCUUCAGAAUGAGAAGACUCUGGGGCGCUCGGUCAGCCGUUCCAGUAAUAUUUCCAAGGCAGGAAGCCCAACUUCAGUUACAGCACCAAAUAGCUUUCAUCGGACAUCAGUGACUCCCUCAAGUCAAGAUAUCUGCAGUUCCAGUGCUGUAUUUUCUGAAUGUUGUCACCAAAGUCCAGUGCAGUCUGCUGUUGUGUUGAAAAAACCCAAAUCCCAGAGUUCUAGAUCACCAGGGGUCACUGUGACCAUAAUUUGUCAAGAUGAUUACACGAAGGACCCUGCCAAUCUGAGGAGCUAUGACAACAUCAUCAAGCCUUGUAAGGCCAGAUCUGCCUUUCCUUUCUCUAAAUCGUUGAAUGAUGUGGACCAGAAAGCCGUGGAUGCGGCCAAGGAGUGUGAUUUUGUGGAAAGAACUAGCUCAGAGGGGAAAUUGCUGCCUGUGGAAGACCAUUUUUCAAAGAACAAAUUUAAGUUGCUAGAAAAAGGAACUAAUAUUCCUAGCCCUGUUGCUUUAAACGGCUCUAAUGUCAUUUGUGGUCACUCCGUCUCAUCUAACCCAUUGCAUAUUCCUAGUCUGGAUGCUAGCCUUGGAUCUGUAUGCAUACCUCUUAUGGACGAUAAGGCAGACAGUGAAUCCUCAAAAAGCAAAACCUUGCUGCACUACUUAUUUUCCUUUUCCCCGAGUUCAAGUGCUCAUAGCUUGCAUAUGUUCCAAGAGCACGAUGUCUAUUCUAGAAGUCUCCAUGCUGGUACCUACUCUAGUAUGCUUCUGGGAAGCACUGACUUUGGUUCUGACGAUAUGGGGGAUGAUGAUGUGUUUGAGGACCAUGUCCCCGGCAAGGAAGAUCCACAUGAAGCAAGAGCUCCGCUGUGUUCAAUUGAGGACAGCGACCUUGAAUGUCCUUCCCCCUCCAAAAAGCUUCCCCCCGCUUCCCCUGUGUCGGCAUCUGGGGAUUUAUGCAGGAUAUGUCACUGUGAAGGUGAUGAUGAAAGCCCUCUGAUAACACCCUGUCACUGUACAGGAAGUCUUCACUUUGUGCACCAGGCUUGCCUCCAGCAAUGGAUCAAGAGCUCCGAUACACGAUGUUGUGAACUUUGCAAGUUUGGAUUCAUUAUGGAAACCAAAUUAAAGCCUUUAAGAAAAUGGGAAAAGCUGCAGAUGACCUCAAGUGAACGGAGGAAGAUCAUGUGUUCUGUAACAUUCCACAUCAUUGCAAUCACCUGUGUUGUUUGGUCAUUAUAUGUUCUUAUUGACCGAACAGCCGAAGAGAUCAAGCUGGGCCAAACCACAGGUAUCCUUGAAUGGCCGUUUUGGACUAAAUUAGUCGUAGUAGCAAUUGGCUUCACCGGAGGACUCUUGUUUAUGUAUGUGCAAUGUAAAGUGUACAUCCAGCUAUGGAAGAGACUUAAAGCUUACAACAGAGUCAUCUACGUGCAGAAUUGUCCCGAAACGUGUAAAAAGAAAUUAUUUGAGAAGACUAUAAUAAUUGAGCCAAAUCUGGAGAGCAAAGAAGCUCUCGCAAUUCACCACUCAGACACAAACUCUUCUUACUAUACGGAACCAGAAGACUGCGGAGCGGCAAUCCUCCCAGUUUAAGUUUUGCAUUCCUUCUAAAGUCUUUUCAGGAGAUGACUGUUUACCGACUGCAGGCAGCAGUAGAUUUAAUGUCCUGAAAUCUCCCAUUAUUUCUGCUUUUCAAUCCGUAUGUAUCUUUCCAAGCAAACGGUUAGACCUGCAAUCAUCCCUGAUUUAUACCUCUGCCUGAAGGAGUAUGUGACAAUACAAUAUUCAGGAUCAACUACAGGAAUAUUCUGGACCUUUGAUGAGAUGGAUUUUUUUAUUCUGCUUGGUUUAAUCACUCCUUAUUAAAGUUGGGAAUGAGGUUCGCAACUGCAGAGCCUGUCAUAGGAAAACUUUUAAAAACCUGUGUGGCAUAAUUGGCAUGAUCACUGCUCAAACAGACAGUUCCAUUGUUUCGGGCUCUUGCUUUUUAGAAUUCUGCUUUGUCAGCAAGUCACAAGAGCAUCUAGCACUUUUCUGAAUAAAGAAAUAAAGGAAAAUAACUUUUUUUUUGUAACAACUUUACUGACUUCUGAAAAUUGUUUUCUUUACCAAACAGAGAAUGUGCUCUGUCAUUUCUAGUUUAAAUAAUGAGCAACCUCUUGCCUUACAUGCUGUAUAUUUCCAAAAA